GCUUCGUCAAGUGAUAAGCAUAUGACCCAUAUUAUCGGUUGCUGUGAUGUCAUCUAAAAUGACACAGCCGAAUUUGUCUUUGAUAAAGGGUAACACAAACAGCCAGGCCGCAAUUGACUGUGAAGAUCGGGGAAGUAAACGUCCACUCAACUCUAGCAGUCAAGAUGGACUUUAAUAGCAACAUAACCGCACAGAUCGUCUUCAACUGCUUGUUUGCAAUAGGAAUCAUCGUCGGCAAUCUGGUAAUGAUUGGCAUUAUUUUGUCAAACAAGGAACUCAGACAAAAUUCCAAGUAUGUCAUUGUCUUGUUCUUGGCACUGGCAGAUCUAUUCGUCGGAACCUUUCCCCUCCCGAUGUGGACACACCUGCUGGUGACACAGGAACUCGACGUGUCGUGUUUAACUAUGACGGCACUGUACGGAAGCAGUUUAAUUACUGUUGCCAACAGCUGCUUCGCAGUCAUCGCCCUGAACGUGGACUUUAUACUGCAAUGUACAGUCUCAUCCUACCAAGGAAUGUGCAAGAAAUUGGUCACAUGCAUGCUCGUCGCAUUCUUUAUUCUUGGACCCAUCAUCGUUCUGGUGCCAAUAAUGAUCGUUGGGCAGUCUCCCAGUGCGUAUACGUGCGCUUUGUAUAUGAUACCAAAAUUCGGAAGAGCACUUGUUGCAAUGUCCUACUGGGUACCAUCCGCAAUAGCCAUCAUCACGACAGUGGUUAGUAUUGCCCUACAUCAAAAGAGAAGACGCCUGGCGUUCGGUCAGUAUGGUCAACGGGCAGUAUCCCAACCCUCUACCAAUCCCGCUGCACCCGUGGAUAUCAUCUUGGUUUCCUUUCUGACGGUUGCUCUCUUCUUCCCAAGCAAAGUUAUGGCUUUGAUAAGUUACGCUUGCUUCAACUGCAGCUGGUAUCUCAUACUCUCAACUGUCAUGAGCUACCUUAGUUACGCUAAAUCUGUUAUCGUCCCAUUCCUCUGGUUUCUGAACAAAGAUUUCCGGUCAAUAGUGAAAGGUCGGGUACGUUCCAACACCAACAAUCAACAGACUUUUAACCAGCCUCCUCACUACUACACACACCAGCAGUAUGUGGAAAAUCCUGGAGCACUUUCUGCUGCUUAUCCGAACAACUCUUUCAGUCCCGUGGUUACUGGGAAUGGUGAGCCAAUGAAACAGUAAAGAUUUGCGUGUCCUCCUUAGGGCCAUGUGACACUGUUUAUGGCCGCAACUGGCAUCAGUGCUGUUAUAUAAUCUGGACCAGGUAUACCAGUGAUUGUUCAAUGAGCAUCGUUCAAAGGAUAGGAUAGCAUCAGGAUAGGACGUUACGUUACGAACCAUGUUAGCGAGCCUAAACACGGAUCAUGUGACUGUUCUGAUAUGCCUUGGCUUCUGGGUACGCUUACUUACCUAGAAUAUAGACUGUAAAGUGACAACACCAUUGUGUCAAUCACAGUGUUACAAGCAUGGUUUGUUUCGGGUAAUCAGUAGGAAACCAAGCAGUGAUGACUGACGUAUAAACACUAUAUAUGUCAGUCACAGUGUUACAAGCAUGGCUUAGUGCAGGUAAUCAGGUGGAAACCAAGCAGUGAUGACUGAUGUAUAAACACGGUAUAUGGACAAUUGAUAACUUGUUUUCUUGACAUUUAAAAUAAAUGUGUUUGUAUACGAUUCAAGUAAAAGGGUAAUUGAUCUUUAAA